UCAGGCGUGGAAAUUGCUCGCGGCUAUCGCUACAUCUGGUAGUUACACUGACCGGCUUUUAGCUGUAAACGAGUCAAUGGUUGGUUUGUCAUCAGAUUACAAAACCAAUCAAACCCAAUGUAAUUCGACUUGGCGUUAAUCGGACCCGUUUUCUAGCGUCGGCUUUUUCGGUAUCACUAGCUGAAGGAGAAAUUCGACGACGACGCGUCACGGCGGGCUAGAGCCUAGAGCUAGAGAAAAAGGGCGAGACAACAGGGGUUGCGCGCCGCGACGCGCCGCGACGCGCUGUUGUGGGUCUGUGAGUGGGGGAUAUGGUGUUUCUUCUUUCGGGGGUAGUCAGCGCCGCCACGGCAUCACGCAGGGUGAGGGUGAGUCUCAGUUCUCAGUCUCCACUCGGUCAUCCUGCCGAACGGAUGAAUUUGGGUGAAUUGGAGGAAUCUAUCUAUUCGCGCGUACACGCUCGUUCUCUCACACAAAAUUCCACUCGAAUUCGGUUUUUCCCUACUCCCCUUGACCUUUAGAGAAAGGUUGGUCAACUUUGGCUCGCGGAUAAUUUGUUACUUGAACACAGUGUUUGUAUCUCUCCUAUUUGCCACCAAGAUAUACGUAUCGGGUGCAAUUUGUGCAAUUUUUGUGUGGGAACGUGGUGCCGCAACCGGUCAGCGCGUGUGCACCCCACGACGAUCGAUCGACUCGGGAUACGAUACGAUCCAGAGAGGCGAUGGACGGAACCACCCUCCUACGAGACGACAUAGGAACUCGACGAGAUAAGGAACUCGAAGACAAGGAACAAUAAUAUACGUGCUACUGCCUUUCGUUGCUAUCGUCAUCUGGACAGUUUCAAUUAUCGUCGUUCGCGCAAUCAUCAAUCAGCAGAAGAAGAUCUUUCUGUAAAUAAGGAAUCGAGUGUAAAGAAUCAUCUUGAAAUACGCCAGAACUUGUCGAAGAACGAGACUCGCGUAGUCGAGUCGGUGACAUCGAAGUGCUUCUCAUCGCGAGGUAGCACACGAAGAAAUGAUGAUGUGACUAGGUGUCGGCAGUGGACGUCUCACAUCCGGCCGAUCUCUAUCGAGGGAUGUCCUCCUCCGCGAAUACCGCCUGCACAGACGCUGAGGAGGACGCCGAGGAUGUGGAGAACGACGUCGCGGGUACAACGGCGCAGUCGUCACGUUACCUGUCGUCGUCAUCGUCAUCGUCAUCGUCGUCGUCGUCGUUGCGAAUACGUCACCGUCGCCGCGAGAGCGAUCACUUGGAAGGAUUGCGGUUAGAUGGGUCAUCGGUCGUGUAUCGUCUGCCAUUGUCCGACGACACUUCCGGGAGCACCGUCGAGGCCUCACGUUCAUCGAUGUCUUCGGCGCGCGGAUAAGAAGAGGGCAUCGUCCCGCUCACCGCGAUCACCGACAACAUACGUAAUCAUUCUCGAGGGACGACGGCCAGGUGGAUCGAUCGACGCUGCACUCCGAUCGAUCGUCCACCUCCUCCUCCUCCUCCUUCGCCUCCUCCUCCUCCUCCUCCUCCUUAUCCUCGCCCGUGACAGCUCGAUUGUCAGGCUCUUCCAACCGAUACCUAUUCCGCACGGAUUCGACAAAUUGUACGACCGCGUCCGCGAACGACCGACCGCUGGACCGACAACAACGGCCAGUGUCUUCGAGGCGAGGUCAGGAAAGUCGAUAAACGAAUUCGCCGAAUCAAGCGUGCGCGGUCAAGCACGUGCGACUGGAAUUCCGAAUGAGUGCCGAACGUGCAAAUCGAUAAGCAAAUUUGAAGCGCGCUCGAGGGUCCUCGAAAGGCUAGGUGGACCAUUGACCAACGACACACCACUCGCCGCCGCCGCCGGUGUUGAGCGGUCCUUUGGGUCAAUACUAAUCCUCUCGAGCAUCGGCGGCUUCCCGGUUGAAUCGCUGAUCCAAUUUGUUAAAUCGAUCCAGCGAAAGGAUAGUAGGAUAAACCGGCUCGAAAGAAUCGUCGAUCUCAAGGAACGAUUCCCGAUAAUCGAUCGAUUGAUUUUUGCCUUUCAUCGAUUAUCAAUUAGCGAGCGAACAAUUAUACGUGUUAAACACGUGUCAAUUUUUCAGAGUAAAUUGAGCGAACCAGUAAAUCAAUUUUUCCAACCGGCUAAUCUCGAGGCGAUCGAUUCCUACGAAACAAUCCAUUCUUCCUUCUCCUCGUCGAGAAAAUCGUUGGUUCAUGUAGCUGCGCCAUUUCCUGCUGCCGUGAUGACGUCAGAAAGGAGGACGUCGUUUAGGUGACGAAAGAAGUCGUUACUCCCAUCUUCGCUAUUAAGUAUUUAUCGAAGAAUCAUCGACGGAAGUCUGUUGUUGGACUUCCAUUCGAUCGCUUAAUGGGAUAGUAAAUGGCAUGAGGAUCCACGACGAAAAAAUUCGCGGUCUUCUCUGUUUUUCGUUAUUUUACUUCGGAAGUUUUGGUCGAUCUAAAAAUCGUGGGCAAUCGCGAUAAUUUUCAACGCCAAAACAAAACGCCAAAAUUGAAUUGUCUCAUAAGUUCCAUAAAUAUAUAACAAAAUGCUUUUAUUGAUUUGCCGGAAGUGAUCAUAAAAAAUUACCAGGCGUUUUUUUUUUCUAUCGAGAGUGCUGCGGAAUCAUUUCAUAUUGUAAAAUUGUAAAAUCCCUCUGCAAACUGAGUGCUUGCUUCGGAGAGUCACUUGUUACACAAUUACAUAAAAUCGUGUUGAAAUUGUUUUAACGUACCAGACUUUGCCCGGAUAAGUGCUGGCGCUGAAUAGUUCGCGCGCGUUGUACGAUACCAGUCUAAUGAAUCGCAAUAGUGAAUCGUCGCGUGAAGCGUUCGAGCGUUAUCGCAAACGAAAGUGCGUGAGGUGUACCGUCAUUUUGUUAUAUGUAUAUCAAGAGAUAUACCUGAAGUGAAUCAUUGGUGAAAAAAGAGUGAAAAAAGAAGGGGAAAGAGAGAGAAAGAGAAAAUACGAAGGAUUUUCGUUACGUAUUGCUGGCAGCUUAUAAUCAUCCUAGCCGGUACAAGCUGGCCGAGAUCCUGAUAGCCACCGCAGCGACCAGGAUCCGGAACCAUUCAAUAAAGAAAGGAUGCCAGGGGGGCGUAGGGGCCUGGUAGCCCCCCAAAACACGUUCCUGGAAAAUAUUAUAAGACGCAGUAGCAGUCAACCCGACAGCAGUUUUCUACUAGCAAACGCCCAGAUCGUCGACUUCCCAAUCGUCUAUUGCAACGAGAGCUUCGUCAAGAUCUCUGGUUACAAUCGUGCCGAGGUACGAGUUAUGCAAAAGUCAUGUCGUUGUGGAUUCAUGUACGGGGAGUUAACGGACAAGGAAACGAUCGCCAGGAUCGAGGAAUGUCUCGAGGGUCAGAUUCACGAUCAAUUCGAGAUUCUGUUGUACAAGAAGACCAGUACCCCAAGAGAGACACCGUUAUGGCUGCUGUUGCAAAUAGCGCCCAUAAAAAACGAACGAGACCUCGUGGUCUUGUUCCUGCUGACAUUUCGAGACAUCACCGCCCUGAAGCAGCCUAUCGAAACGGACGACAGCAAAGGCGGUCUCUCCAAGUUCGCCAAACUCGCCAGAUCAGUUACCAGAUCGAGAUCGGUCCUAGUUUCUCAGUUCAGCUCUCAUUUGCCGGCUUUGAAAGACACACCUGUACCGACUACCACCAAACAAUCGCAUCUGGGUCAUAUGAUAUCCCUGAGCGGCGAUGUUAUGCCACAAUACAGACAAGAAGCGCCAAAAACACCGCCACACAUUCUAUUACAUUACUGUGCAUUUAAGGCAAUUUGGGACUGGAUUAUUUUGUGUUUGACUUUUUACACAGCCAUAAUGGUGCCGUAUAACGUCGCGUUUAAGAAUAAGACUAGCGAGGACGUCUCCCUAUUAGUUGUAGACAGUAUCGUCGACGUGAUAUUCUUCAUCGAUAUUGUACUAAAUUUUCACACAACGUUUGUUGGUGCUGGUGGAGAAGUGGUAUCUGAUCCGAAGGUAAUCAGAAUGAACUAUUUGAAAUCUUGGUUCGUCAUAGAUCUACUAAGCUGCUUACCGUAUGACGUAUUUAACGCCUUUGACCACGAUGAGGACGGGAUAGGUAGCCUGUUUUCGGCUCUGAAGGUGGUACGGCUGCUGCGACUCGGUAGAGUCGUACGCAAGUUAGAUCGUUAUCUGGAGUACGGUGCCGCGAUGCUCAUUCUUCUACUCUGUUUCUACAUGUUGGUUGCUCACUGGCUGGCCUGUAUCUGGUAUUCGAUAGGAAGGUCGGAUGCGGACAAUGGGGUGCAAUACUCGUGGUUGUGGAAGUUGGCCAAUGUUACCCAGUCACCGUAUAGCUACUUGUGGACCAAUGCCAGCACCGCACCCGAACUAGUAGCGGGUCCGUCACGACGCACGAUGUAUGUCACUGCUCUUUACUUUACAAUGACUUGCAUGACCUCCGUGGGCUUUGGGAAUGUUGCAGCCGAAUCCGACAACGAGAAAAUUUUCACCAUCUGUAUGAUGAUCAUCGCUGCCUUAUUAUACGCCACGAUCUUCGGUCAUGUCACUACAAUCAUCCAACAAAUGACGUCCGCUACCGCCAAGUAUCACGAUAUGUUGAACAACGUGAGAGAAUUUAUGAAGCUCCAUGAAGUGCCGAAAGCUCUUAGCGAACGUGUCAUGGAUUAUGUCGUUAGCACGUGGGCGAUGACCAAGGGCUUAGAUACAGAUAAAGUUCUCAACUACUGCCCCAAAGACAUGAAGGCCGACAUUUGCGUGCAUCUUAACCGGAAGGUCUUCAACGAACAUCCAGCCUUUAGAUUAGCGUCCGACGGGUGUCUGCGUGCUUUGGCGAUGCACUUCACGAUGUCGCACAGUGCACCCGGCGAUCUACUGUAUCACACAGGAGAAUCCAUCGAUUCUCUGUGCUUUAUCGUGACCGGCAGCCUUGAGGUCAUACAGGACGACGAGGUGGUGGCGAUACUGGGGAAAGGCGAUGUUUUCGGCGACAGCUUUUGGACGAAUCCGACAAUCGGCCAGAGCGCAGCGAACGUUAGGGCGCUCACUUACUGCGAUUUGCACACAAUCAAGCGAGAUCGGCUGUUGGAAGUGUUGGACUUUUAUCAAGCCUUCGCAAAUUCCUUCGCCAGGAACCUGAUCCUAACUUACAACUUGAGUCAUCGGCUCAUCUUUCGAAAAGUCGCCGAUGUCCGUCGAGAAAAGGAGUUGGCCGAAAGAAGAAAAAAUGAGCCGCAGUUGGAUCAAGCUCAGGAUCAUCUGGUUCGCAAGAUCUUCUCGAGGUUCAAGAGCGACGGGGAAAGCCCGAUCGGCAUGACCAGGACCGUGAGCGGACGGUCCCAGCAGGAUUCCGACGAGGAGCUCACCGUGAACGUCCUGCCACCCUGGCCGAGUUUUAGGUUUCGCCGCGAAAAACACACUGCCGACAUAGAAAAGGGCGACGGUAAAGAGGCCAAGGAUGGCGAAACGUCGCACGCUAAGAAACUAUCUACCGCCGAGGAAGGUGGAACAACCGUCGCGAAGACGCGACCCGGCAAGUGGGGUCGUUUGUUAGGUAGCUCAAGUUUAGACACCGGUAGCGAAUCGGGCACGGUUGGUGAUACGUUCAAGCGAUCUCUUAGCGCGAGAGAUUCGCGUCCGAGUUCUAGCGCCAACAAGGUCUUCCCGAAGCUCGGCAAAUUGGGAGGCACGAUCGAAGAGGGCGGCGACAACGAAAAUCAGAAGGAUGCGCAGCCACAGCAGGCGCAACAACAACAACAACAGAUUCUCAGUGUGGACUCGAAGCAGUUACAGCUACGACGUCUAGAAAGCUACGAUGGUGGUCUGAUUACGCAGCAACCGAGUCACGAGCGAGAGAUUCUCGCGGCGGUACUGGAAGUGAAGGUGGAUUUGAAGCUAGAGGUGCAAAGAGUAAAUCAGCGACUGGCCAAGAUCGAGGACAUGCUGCAAGCGCUGAUGAACAAGUUGCCGGUUGCCGGAUCAGGAACAUCAUCAUCCGGCGGCAGUAGUGGCAGUUCUCAGCAACAGAAAAUUCCAAGCUUUGGUCUGAGCGGUGUCCAGAGUCAGUCACCCGUUACCUCGAGCGCAGUAACGUUAGUUCAGUCCGCGACUCAGACUAGCGAGUAUAAACCGUCAAUCGCUACCACAUCGACGUCCACGACACCGAGCGAGGGUUAUCGAGAACAGUCGACGGCGACGGAACGCAUGUCUAAGAGCAGCCAGGAGCACCAUCAUCAUCAUCAUCAUCACCAUCAGUCGUCGUCAUCGCGGGACGUCAACAAGGAGCUGUUGGAGCGGCUGGCGCAGGCUUCCACGUCGCGCGGUGACGAUUCGAAUGCCCUGGGGCCACUUAUCCUACGCAAGCGACGCAGCAAAUCGCGCAACAAGGGUGCGGCGCCGCUCGCUCCUCUCGCCACGCAGCCAAUGAGCCCGUCAGAGGCCACGGAGACUACGCAGAUGCUCGAGUGUACCGAUGAUCGGGAUUUGAGCGGUGGACCGACCGACAGAACUGUCGCAGACAGGACCGCCGAGAGAUCCGACCGUAAGAGACCACCGCCCAGACCGAGAGAGUAUUUGUGAAAGUUCUUCUCGCGCCGAUUAUUUCUUUUCUUCCUUUCCUCGAGACAAUCUGCCACGACGCGAAAAAGUUCAUCAUCCAAUACGCUUGGUAGUAUAGCCUCUCGUGAAGACGUGAGUCCGCUGUAUGAUAAUGCGCUCGCGAUUAUUUUUACUCUAAAACGUUCAUGUAUGUACAUCGAACAAUCGCUACUGUUUCAUUACUCUCUCGUUUGUAUAUUUGUACGUGCACGACAUGUACGUGGCAUGUUCACGGUGGUUUAUCAGUGCAGCUGAAAAAUUUAGUUGUUGGCCACCUCAUGCGUGUGCCUGGACUUCUCCGAUGACACGAUUGAGUACUAAGUAAGUUGACUUUGCUUCUUUUUGAGCAGCGAACGUCGCUGUUAACGAAUAUAACGUGUCGAUAAUUAUGUUUAUAUAUCGACUCUGAUAAUAUAGACGUAACACAUUUAAAGAGAAGAUCUUCGCAUUUUCGUUAGUCGCUCUUUAAGAUGAGUGAAGGGAAAAAUGGGACGAGAUUUCAUCUCGUGAUUCCGAUGAAACGCCAGCAUAAUUUUGCAAGGCCAAAAACUAAUGAAGAAACGAGGUAAAUAAAUGCAGUUUUACGAAUUACUCGCUUGCGACGGCUUCUUCGAGACACAUCGAAACUCUCCGAGGGAAUAUAUCCACCUUAUACACAUGCACACACACCCACACACACACACACACACACACACACACACACAUACGUAGGUAGAUAUAGAUUCACAUGCAUCGUAUUGUUUACGAUAGUAUUAUGGCGAUUACGCUACAUUUCUAAGCCUCUCUCCGGCCAUAAGAACAAUUCACUUUGACACCAAGCCAAUGUGUCUCUCAACGAGAUAACGUAACAUUUUAUAAUUAUAAUUAUUAAGCCAAACAUUCGCGCGCAUGUGAUUCGUGAUAUAACUUGUAACGUUGAUGUCUAACCAGUGUCAAGAUAUAGGCCGGUAUUCAUAGUCGGUUCUUAUAUUUAAGACUGUCUUAAGUACAACCUUAAGAUGUCAUGAAUCAAUCACAGAGCCGUAUUAGCAUCUUGACAUUACUUAAGGCGAUCGUGAAAUAAGAUCCGACUAUGAAUACCGGCCAUAUAGUCAGAACCAAACAAGUAUAUAAAUUUUCAACAAAUAUCAUAAAUUAUUUUAGGUUCAAAGAUGUUAAGAAUACGUUACAGAAACAUAUAAUAUGAAAGCUAACAAUAAAAUAAAAUAAUUAAAAUCUUACAUAUAAAAUAGAAUAAAUUAUAAUUAAAUUAUUCUUUUUAAAAAAUUUCACGGAUUUAUUUUAUUAGUCGUGUUAUAGAUCCCAUGAUACUAAAAUUCAUACUUGUUGAAGAUUAAAAGGUCUACAGGAAAUAAUUUUUUGGGGAUCUUGAGCGAUUAAUUUAGAUGCAAAUAUAUAGAUAUUCUAAUUUUCUUUCAGAAAAGUAGAUGCACACACACAUUUCCGUAAUAACUUUUUUCUUUACGG